UGGUUUCUACAUAAGUUUUGUGUUUGUGAAGUUCAAGGAUGGUGUUGAAGAUAUUGAGUUUGUAUACUGCGUAUGCCUGUUUAAGAGGUUAUGACCAUAUGCUACUUUCUUUUUAUAAUCAUGUUGGAAAAAGACACAAGGUGGUAAUCUGGAAUAGACUAGCUAGGCUGUUUAAAAAGGACUGCUACAAUACUAGUUGAAUAGAAAGUAUUUGAUGGUUAGUAAAAUCUACAGUGUGCGGGUGACCAGUCAGAGACGUGGAGCACACUAUGGACAAGGUGUUAAACUCAGUCCCUGGAAGCCCAAUGUAUAAAGUGUAUUCUAUAACAAGGAAGAAGUCAGGGCUGUUAGAAGUUAGUGAGGUAUAUGAGGAGAAAAUAUAGGUGGGACUGUUUUGGGGUUUGGUUGGACAUGUGAUUGGUUUGUAAGUUAGGCAGGGAUGUAUCCCUGGGUAAUUAUGUGAACUUUUAGUUGAUUGAAUAGUGCAUUGCAUCAUAACAGGUCUAUCCAUGUUCUUUCCAUCUCUCUUUAUGGAUCUAAAAUUUUUGGUCUACCUUGUCGGACAGGGUGAUUUGAUUUCACGAACAUACAGUAUCCAUGCCUCUAAAGAUGUCUGACAGAGUUGGUUCUCUCGAAGGUCUUUUGGUUGUGCUGGAAGAUGGCACGAGGGUUGUUCACAUUGCACUUAGAGAGAAGCACUAAUCAUUGUGGGAACUUUUAUGCAUAGGUGUAGAAAAAAAGGUGUAGCAGAGUGGACGAGAGAUCAGGAGGUGGGAUAUCCUUUUUUGUAGUAGAUCAGUUGGGUGGCAAUCUAGAUUUGUAUAGGCUAUCAGUCUGGAAGGUGGAGCUGUCUAUAGUGUAUGGGGUGUUUCAGAUUACAGAGUCCAUUUUCGAAAUUCACAACACUUUGGUUGAAUGGAAAGUUGGAUUAGGUCUCCAGAAUAUUGAGGUCACUACGAUAAGCUAAUUUAACCAACUCCCUGAUAGUAAAGAUGAUAUGAUGUUAUUUAACUUGAAACAAACUUUGGUUGCUUGUUAUGGAUGAACUUUGAUAAUCCCUUUGAAUAAUUUGCGAUUUGAUACAUUUGGGUUGAUUUCGUCAUAAGUGAGUUGUUUGCUUGUUGAACUUUACAUGGGUUAGGAUAUAUGGAGAUGGGUUAAGAUCCUUAAUCCAAGAACACAUGCAUUUGAUGAGUUUAGCUCGGGUGUACUAGGAACAAAGUUUGUUUGAGAGGUGGAUAAGCUUGAAUUCUCUAGUUUGCAAGCUUGGAACAGGCGAUGGAGAAUUUUUUAUCCAUAUUCUUCAAGAAUACAUGCAGUUGAUGAGGUUAGCCCGUGUAAUUGAGUUAAAGAUGUGAAAGCAGUUGAUGGGGUUGGUCCCUGCAGUAGAGGUGAACAAAUGCAUUUUAUGAGGAUAUCUCAUACCGUUGCAGCUUUUCAAAGAGAUGGAUGAGCUUGGUAUUCUCUAGUUCGCAAAAUUGGAGCGGGCAACUUGGGAGUCACAAUCCAUAUUACUAGAGGAGUUUGCGGGGAAACUUGGUCCUAAAGGAAUCAUAGUAGUAUAAUUGUGGGGUUCCGAAUCAUUUAGGAGAAAGUGGUGUAGCAGGUUAGACCUGACUUCCUACGUGUUCAACUCCUCCCUCGAUUUCAUUGUAUAAUAGGGCGUCAAACAUGCCAUCAAGAAUGAUGCAGAAGUAGAGUGAGAAUGACACAAUAGUUUUAGGGAGAAGUCGCAUGGACAUUAUCUCUGAUGUGGGCAAAAUUUCCACCAUUCAUACCAAUGCCCUACAAGCAAUUUAGGCUGCUGAUUCUAAUUUGGUGAGGUCGAUGUAGAGAUGGAGGCCUAUGUGCUCCCUUGGGUGUACUUGACAUUAUAUUGGGAGUUGCUUGGGAAGGUCGUUAUGGAUUGUCAAAACAUGAAUAGAAACUACUCAAUGAGCUUUCUUUGCUUCAUACCUUACUGACUGAGUGGUGUAAAUAGGGAGGGUGGGGAUUUAGUUUUGCAUGCAGAAUUAGAAUUAGUAGAAGAGAAAGGCCAGUGGCUGUCCAAGCAAACAGCAAGAAGAACUUACAAGUUCUUCUUGGGUGAAGGAUGCAUUUCCAAUGGAGGAUAAUAAUGUUAGUGUUGGUGGUGCUAGGCAGAGAAGCAGAAAAGUGGAGCACAAUAUGAAGCAGGUGUGGUUCCUGGGUCCUGGGAUGCCCAAUGUAUGUAAAGUAUAUUUGGAGCAAGAAGUCAGGGUUGUUUGGAGUUUGUGAGUGAGGUGUAUGGGAGGAAUAAAUAUAGGCUGAGCUGCAAUGGGAGGGGGCAGGGGGCAUUCGAUUGGUGGUUGUCAGUUAGUUGGGGAUCUUUCCCCCAUGCUGCUGAGAAAAUACAUAACACCAGUACGGUAUUUUAGGGAUGCUGCUCUUCUGCAUUCUGGAAAUUAUGGUGACAUUGCUAAUGGAACUAUAGUUGAAGACCAACUGAAAAUGGAAAAAAUCACCAUUUAUGUGGAGCAUCCUCGACCCAUUGAACCACCUGCUGAGCCUGCCCCUCCACCACCUCAACCCCUCAAGCUAACCAAACAAGAGCAGAAAAAACUCCGGACCCAAAGGCGCAUUGCUAAGGAGAAAGAGCGACAGGAGAUGAUUAGACAGGGUGUCAUAGAACCGCCAAAACCAAAGGUCAAGAUUAGCAAUUUAAUGAAAGUACUUGGGUCUGAAGCAACUCAAGAUCCCACUAGGCUUGAAAAGGAAGUACGUAAUGCAGCUGCCGAGCGUGAGCAGGCUCACAUAGAUAGGAAUAUUGCACGCAAGCUUACUCCUGCUGAGCUGCGUGAGAAGAAGGAGAGGAAGCUGUUUGAUGAUCCUAAUUCACUGGAUACACUUGUCUCACUUUACAGGAUAAACGACCUCUCUCAUCCAAAGGCCCGCUUUAGAGUCGAUGUUAAUGCUCAAGAGAACCGGUUAACUGGAUGUGCUGUGAUUUGUGAUGGUAUUAGCAUUGUUGUGGUUGAAGGUGGAAUUAAGUCAAUUAAGAGGUAUGGGAAACUUAUGCUUAGACGCAUAAAUUGGAGUGAUGUUUCAAAAGAGAAAGAAGAAAAUGAAGAUUCAGAUGACGAGAAGCCUGCCAAUAAAUGUGUUCUGGUGUGGCAAGGAAGUGUUGCCAAACCGAGCUUCAAUAGGUUCGGUGUUCAUGAUUGCAUCACUGAAGCAGCUGCUCGAAAAGUUUUUGUGGAUGCUGGGGUUCCUCAUUAUUGGGACCUAGCUGUCAACUACGUAGAAGACGAAGCUGUAUAAGUGAUCUUCUAAUGUUUUUGGUCAUCAGUAUUAGCAUGCCUAGUCAGUAUUUUGGUGAGUGAUCAGUUAUACAAUUUGCAUUGAGCAGAGUUUUGAACAAAAUAAGAAUACCAUAGCUGUUGGUGCUCCCUUGUUUCCUGUGGUUAAUGAUGUUUACAAAUUGCUAAAUAUUUGCUACAUCAUUUUGUGGUGUAAACUUUCUUGCUUCCAUUUAGAAAGUGUCCAUUUAAUGUGCGAUAUCACUUGGUUAAAAAUCUUAGGACUUGGGGGUUUUACUGGGAUGUUUCCGACUAUGUAAACUGACUUUCUUUCUCAAUCACAUUAUUGUGUUUUAAUAUACUAGUAUUGUAUUGAUCUUGUUUUAUUGGGAUAAAAGUAUUGAUCUCGCUUCUA